AAUUAAAACAAAAAUUAAAAAUCCCACAUUCAUCCAUAAAUUUAGAUGAAAAAGAAGCCAAACGAACAAGGUUCCAUUUCCACUUUUUCCUUCACAAACAAACAAACACAUAGAUUUUCUGCCAAAGCCAAAUCUCCAAAAAAUGAAGCCGGAAGCGGCGGCGUUCCUCUCGUCCCUUUCCUCCUCCGGCGCCUCCCCUUCCUCCUCUUCUCGCCGCGAGGCCGCCGCAACUGCCGCCGACUCUUCCGAUUCCCCCGGCUGCAUGGCCGGCAUUCUCCGCAUCGUCUCCCGGUACCACAACGGCCGCCGCCGCCGCCGAUUCCUCACCUUCCGACGUCCCUCCGCCGCCGCGAUAUUCGCCGGCGAUCACAAACAGUCCAAUGCCGCCGACACCGGCAAAAGUAAACCUACGCUCGCCCGCGAGGUGCCGAGGAGCCCGACGAUCCCGCCGGAGAUCCGCCGGUCACCGGACCUCCCGCCGAAAGCUCCCGGCGGCGGGAGCAACAGUCACAAUCGUAAUACCAACACUACUCGACAAGCCCUGGUGGCGAGGCUGAUGGGGCUGGACGACGGCGGCGGCGGCGCGGUGGCGGCGGAGCAGCGGCGGAAGCUGCUGGGAGCGCUGGAGAAAUGCGACGAGGAUCUGAAGGCGCUGAAGGAGAUGAUCGACGAGGUGAAGAAAAGCGUCGGCGGCGAUGGGUCCGCAGCGGAUUACGGCUCGUUUCGGGCGCCGGCGGGGAAUGAUGACAAAGAAGCCGAGCUGGAGGAGGAAAAUCGGAGCGAUCGGCUGACGCCGCUCAGUGAGUGGACUCGCCCGUAUCAUAAUAAUAAUCAUUAUAACAAAAGUCACGCUCCUUCUACCGGAGGAGGAGGGAUCCCGAGGCAGCAAAAGAAGAAGCCAGGAGACCACGAAGAAGGGAUCUUCUUCUUCGACAUCUCCGCCAAGAGACCACCACCAGCCGCCGCCGCCGCCACCAUGAUCGGCCAUCGUCAUCCGAGCCCGUCGACGACGAUGGAGAGCUUACUGUUCCCCUGCCGCGGCAGGGAACAACGGAGCAACAAGAGCAAUAGUAGUACGAGCGAGAAGAAGGCGAUGGCGGAGAGCGUGGAGCGAGCUUGCAGCGACAUAGCGUGGGGGCAGAAGCGGGAGGUCGGGAGGAUCGGGCUGGCGCUGCAGGAUCACAUCUGCAGGGACUUGGUCGAGGAGUUCGUCAGAGAGGUGUUCGGCCACUACUUGAUGAACAAAUAUUACAAGUUCUACUACGAUAGUAGAGUUUCUCGUGAGUCAUGUGACAUGAUCAGUACGCUGCCGUUCGAUGCUUGUAAGAGAAGUCUGCGUUUCUGAUCCUUGUUUCCACAGGAUUAGCUUAGGAGUGCUCUGUUUUAUCUGCUUUGUAUUGCUUGUUUGUUGCUCUUUUUGGAGUUGUGUUGGUUUUGAGCUUUUGGCAGUGUUGUUGAGUGAGUGAUCAAAGUUGUGCAAGUGAUGUGAAGGCUACUAGGUGAUUGGGUUGAAAUUCACCAAGGCGUGUUGAUUUAGUUUGAUAAUUUCAUUUGAGUUGUGUUAGAAUCAGCUGAUACGAUGCAAUUUGUAAUCUUAAAGCUCAUCGACUUAGGCCGAAAUGAGAAAUGAACAUAAACAGAAGUACAGAACAUUUUCAAUUCAAUCAUUAAAGAUAAAACGAUGAAUCCUUUUC